CCUUAGUAUUAAACUUAGAACUUUAAUAUACGGAUCUGAAUUAAACUAAUACAUACAGAUUUAUUUUAUUGAUUAUCUACACGACCAGUUUUAAGUGUUCAUAGUAUUAAAGUGCAGCUUAUAUGAUUUAAUUUCUGUUAAGAAGUAUAAUAAUGGCUUUUCUUCAUUAAUAAGUAUCAAAUUAAUAUUCAGAAUGAUAAAAAAUAAAGAUACCAUAAUUCCAGUCACUGAAGAUGUUGAAAGUAUUGAAAAGAAAAGCCAUAAUCAUCAUGACUUUAGAGAAAUAAUAGCUAAUAAAUUUAUAUCAAAUGAACAAAAUUAUGAAAAUAAAAAUUCUAAUAAAAUGGAUGAAGUGAAUAAAAAAAUAAAUAAAUGGGAUACACAAUUACCAUUACAGCAAUUUCAUAAAAAUAACUUAUCAGUUAAAGGCUAUAAAUAUAAACACCACCCUCAUGAUCAAUACUGUUUGAACCAAAAAUAUAGUCGUGAUAAUCAUAUAUCAUCAAAAUGUGAUAUGCCUAAAAAUGAGGACCACAUAACAAAUAAUGUACACAAUUUAAAUGAUACAAAUGUUGAUAAAAGUGAACAUGAGACUAAAAUAAUAAUUGCUCAAACACAAAAAAAUAAAACCGCUAUUUCUUUAUUAAAUGAAUGGGCUAUGCGUGGUGAAGAAAAAAAACCAUUUGUUGUAUCAUAUUUACUUGUAGAUGUUACUGGACAUGCACAUAAUCCAAGAUUUACAUUCAUGUGUCAAGUAUACAAUAUUAAAGCUUAUGGAGAUGGGAAAUCUAAAAAAGAAGCAAAACAAAAUGCUGCUGCCCGAAUGUGUGAAAAACUUUUUGAUUUUAAAAUAGACUUUUUGAACAAUAAUGAUAAAAUGAUAACAUCUACCACCAUUGAUAACUUUGAAGUUAAUGAAAAUGAUACAUUUUUAAGUAGCAUUGAAGGAUCACAAAUUAUAGAUGAAACUAAUUCAGAUAUGAGCGAUGAAAAAUUGCAACAAUUUAAGUAUAAAGAAGUACAAACUGCACAUUGCAAUAUGAAUCCUAUUGGAGCCUUGCAAGAGUUAUGCAUAAUUUAUAAAUGGACACCUCCAUUCUACAAUUUUAAAGAAAACAAAAAUCAAAAGGAACGUAAAACAAUAUUAUACAAAGUUAUUUGCAAAAUUCUUCAUUUACAAACAAUGGGAACUGCUCGUACCAAGAAAGAAGCUAAACGUAAGGCCGCACAUUUGAUGUUUGAAAAGAUUGUUGACAUUGGUGCAGACAAAUUAAAUGAACUAAAAUCUGCAUACCCAAUAACACUAUUACCAACGGAGGAUUAUGAACAAAAUAAAUGCAUUGCUAUAUAUAAUGAAAAAAAUGAAAAAAUAUCAAAUAAAUGGUUUUCGGCAUAUUGUUUUCAAUCAUAUUUGAAAAUAGCAAUGGCAAAUAAAAUAACAUUAAAAGAUACAACAAUAUUUCCAUUAGUUGAGAAUAAGGAUAAUCCAACACCUAUAGAUCAACAGCUAGAACUAUAUACAAUGAAAAUGGUACAAUAUAUUGAAAAUUCUGAUCCAAAUACAAGCAAUGUAAAUAAAUUGAAUAUUUUAUGUAAGGAACUAGGCUUCCAAGCAGUUUAUGUGUGUCUGGGAGUUCAAAAAAAAGAAGAUAUUAAAAAUAAUAUAGGCCAAGAUGAAGAAUAUGCUAUGUUGGUACAAGUGACAACUGUACCAGUCACAAUUACUACUGGAUAUGGAACCAAUAAAGAUAAAGCAGCAGAAGAAGCUGCUAAAUUUAUACUAGAGACGUUUAAAGCAAUGUUGCUCUUUACUAAACAAGACUCCAUAAAUUUAAACAAUAAUGAGGAAGAAAAAAUUGUAAAUGUAUUGUAAAUGUUUAA